AUGGAAUUAUUAGAAGUAAAAAGCGAAAACACUUUUAUUUCCAAUUCAACUGUGCAUAAUUUUGAGUGAAUUCUUCUUCAUUAUUUUUGCCAUGGCUGAGUUUGAUUCCCAAAACUAUGAAAAAGAUAAAAGUUAUUUCGAAGCAUUUAUUCAAACAAAAACUCUGGAACACCUAAGAACUAUAUAUUGAAAGAAGUUCAGUUUGAUUUGGACAUUUCAUAUAGAUGACCUGUGCCCACUAUGUAAGUUUGGCUUAGUCUAAGUAUAGAUUCUUUCUAUCCAAAAAGUAGAAUAAAAAUGAAAUACUUAACCAGCCUAAAGUUGAUAAACCCACCAUAAAUACAAAUUUCCAAGUUA